AUGCCAGAAACAUCUUCGCGUCGGUCUCGCGCCGCCCUUUAUCUGAACACUGAUGAAGAUGCUGCGGUCGUGCUGCUCCGGGCUGCUCGUACCGAAGCCAACGCCUCAGAGUCAGCAUUUCGAGCUCCCCGUGACAGUGAACUUUCCGCCAUGCUGCUCUUUGAGGAGCACGCAUCGCAGUGUGAGAGGUGUAAAGACCCCUAUGGAACGUUUGAACGCAAUGACGUCCUGUGUGACAUCGGAACCGGCUACGCAAUAAGCGUUGCAAACCUCCUCUAUACUCAGGGGAGAAGACUCUUCCCUACAAUCGAUCACAAGAAAGGAAACAACGUCCAAGUCAAGGUUCCCACUGGGAUGUACUCGGUCAACUUGCUCUUCAAGGCUAUAGGUGAAGGAAUGAAACUCGUGUCAACGCGAGCUACGUUGUAUGGACAUGGAACACCAUACGUCGAGAAGACAGGCAAGGCUGACCCGUCGGAAAAUCCAAUCUCGUGGGCACAGCCCGGCAGACACCACGGCCCUCUGUUCGAUGAUAACGUGGUCGAAAUACAACCUCAUGACCCUCGAGCAGACACGAGAAACACAUCAUACAAAGAUGACAUGAAGCAACCUGAGACAUCUUCCGCCGGCUUUGAUCGACCAGAUCAGAGAGAGCGACUAUAUACUCGAGGGAUCGAUCGAGAUAUCGCGUGUCUUUCUGGAGCCGAUCAUCUCAGGAGAACGCACAGAGAAUAUGCCGAAUGGAGAAAUCGUGCAGCGCUUGAUCGUUCUGGGGCCAAACCCCCUUCUAUACAUCGACCCUCUGAUAUUCUAUUCACAAACCAGGAGAGCACCAGAAGGCCCAAAACAGACCAGCUGCGGGAGCCCGUGGCUUUUGAGAGUAGUAUAUUCGAACCCGAUCCUUUUGAACAAGAUGACGACCCAUAUGGCGGAUCGCCAGUCUUCUAUUUUGGAAACCAUGACCGAUCGUCGAGCCACUUUCCCAUACCGCGAAUCAUUUGUGCGACUCCUACCUCCUCAUACUCAAGAAGCAUAAACGAAUCCGAUAUCGAUGAAGCUGAAUACCCAUAUAAUCUAUCGCCAGGACACUGUGAACGAUCAUCAACCGACCUGACCGCAGAAGCCCUGCGCAAUCUGCAACAACAACUUAACGAUCGUCCAUAUGCGACCACAAAUAACUCUAGAGAUCCUUCAUCUGUAGGAUCUCCCGAUCUGUCUUCGACUUCAGAAGGUCGUCAAACCACUCUUCCGGGCGGAUUGUCAUUCACUUUCCCUGCCGACUCUGCAGGUGAAGAUAGAGGUCUUCUGAGCGACUUGGAAUUAUAUUCACUUCAGAUACUGAAUAAUAGGCAGUCGGCUAUGGAGAGGGGAACGACGAGCAAUCCUUAUACCGUUAGAAUGAAUGAGAAUAUGAAGAGCACUGCUACUUUUUCGGAUUCUGGCUAUGCCAGUGGGCGUGUCGAACAACCAGCCGAGGCGCCACCACAGACACAAUAUACAUUGUCAGUGGCAGAUGCUUUAGCCCCUGCGAACGAUCCUAUGGAUGCCAAACGAUUUGAGGCAUCUCGAGAACUCUCCAAAAUCACGGCUACUAACUUUGACGACAUUAUAUCGGUAAUCUCUGACGAAGAUGAUAUUCAUUCUCGAGCAGAAAGUCACAAAUCCCGUCAAGUACUAGCUGCAGAGGACCAGAUCCUGGCAUUUUUUGCCCACCACAACGAGAUUUUCCCCUUGUGUUCUGAACUGCUUCCACAAAUGGGUCGACAUCGAUUUGUCAACAAUUUCCGAAGGCUGCUCAAACCAUACUAUAAAGCUCAGCUCGGUUUAGCUAACAUAAACAUCGAAAAAUCGACUACCUUCCUUCUCCGGAGCCGUUUUCUACGCGAACGUAUCGCCAAAUCUAUCGCCGAUAGGUUGGAUCCUGAGGAGGAGAUUCGACUCGAGGCUGAGAAGCACUUAGGGGACAUCCAAGAUCAUACAGGAAUGGUGCAACAAUGGUUGGAGACACAAAAGGCAUUUGCACUGAAGGACGACGUUGAGCAUAAUGAAGAUGAUCAGGUUGCGAGCCUUUCAGAGGAUGACGAUGACGACGAUGAACACGACGACAGGUUUGAGGACGCCAACGUCAACGAGUACCAUCACUUUCCACAUAUUGACAAAAUGAAGAAGUUUCUCGAGAGCAGCGCUGGUUUUCGAAAGCUCCUCAUAGAUCUCAACAUGCUACUCCUUCCCCAGCAGUAUCGCUCAAUUGCUCACUCACUUUUGGCUAUUCCAACCGACUCCAUCAAGGUGGCCGCAAGUUGCAAUACAACAGUGUUGAACGCUCUCAAGAUUAGAGUGGAAGAAGCCACCAUGACUGAAUGGAAUUGGUGGCCAUUGGAACCGAGUGUCCGCCCUCCUCUUCCUGGCUUUACGAGGCUUUCUUGGAAAUGUUACUGCAAUAGGAGCCUUUGGCACGACAUACCUGAAGCUUACAUCGCCAAUUUCAACAAUCUUCUCACUCUGAAGCGUCAGGAUAUAUUUGGUUCGUCUAUAUGCGCCAGGGCUUUCUCGGCACAGGGCAUUGGGCAACACGCAAAGAGAAUGAUCCCAGCGAUCCACAGUCCCCCGCUCAAGACUUCACCAUCCUCAUCUGACACUUCCAGCAGUGUCAGACCGUCAGACGGGGGCUCGAGUACUAGCAUACCGACAUCUCCUGGCCAGUCGUCCUCGUCCUCGGCCUCUCAGUCACCCUCAAGACCAUCCAUCAGCAGCGGGCAUACCACGAGCAGCGCCACAAGUAUGACCAGCGUCAUGAACUCCGUCAACAUUCCCUCGCGUGAUCGGUUUAUUGUCUUUGGAGUCCACGGCAAACGGCGAACUCUCGACAUAGUGCAUAUUAACACCACCAAGGAUAACGAUGACGUGAAGUUUUUGGACACACUUCUCACUUCUUAUCGAGCUCUCAGGGGUCGAAUGCGGCUCUGGUUCUCGAUUUGGCAGCUGCACCACUGCGAAUUUGUGAAGUUCCAAAAGGUUCUGCCAGAUCGUGUCGUGUCCGCCGGGCCUGAUCUGCCCUCUUGUCCGAUUGACUACAGCUACGACCCACGGCCUCCAGAUCCACGGGCCCCCGCUCUUGACAAGCACGUGUGGGAGCUUGCUCUCCUUCGACCCUGCAGGGGCGCUACACUCGGCGUCAACCUCCAAUUCUGUCUUUUGUCGUGGCUCCACGACUGCCUCCCCCCUCUUGGUGCCGGCUCAAAUAUUUACCUCCCCACGAUCCCACAAAAACAUAGCGAAUGGCUCCUCAAAACACCCGGCAUCGACUAUGCCUGGGGCAUCAAGGCGGUUGAGGAGCCGUACAUCAUCAUCCUGAUCAUGUAUCACGUCCUCAUGCUUGCCGCCCCGUUCGGCUUCUGGGCCUGGUGGCUGGUGUUCGAGCACGCCCGGACUGGUCAGUGGGAUCUGCAGGAUGCCUCGAUCCCCGUGUCCGUUUUUCUGGUCCUCUUGUCGCUCUUCUGGGCUGCCGCGAAGCCGUUGAAAGUGUUUGACACAAGAUGA